AUGAAUACGUUUCUUUUAGCCAGAGAAUGGGGGCAGGAAUCAAAUGCAUCCUUCCGACGCCAGCUACUUCAGCAUCGUCUUCAAACUAUGGCUUUGUCGCAAAAUAAAACAAUCAAGCGAAGACAUGGUACCGGCCUCCUUGGCUCUGUGAAUGCGCUGUCUAUAGAUAAUACAACACAGCAAUUUAUGAUUUCUGGAGGCGCCAAUUCUUCAAUCAAUGUUUGGAAUCUUGAAUCUCUUGAUUCAAAUGAAACAAACAUACUUAUGGAUACUCAUAAUGCCAUACCAGCACGUUCAAGUCAUAGGUUUGGAAUUACUGAUCUGCAUUGGUUUCCUUUCGAUAAUGGUAUAUUCACUAGCUCCUCUUUCGACCAUACUUUAAGGGUUUGGGAUGCUGCAACCUUACAGGAGGCGUAUUCUUUUAGUAUAGGUGAAAUAGUGUAUUCGCAUGCCUGGUCACCCGUUGCAUCGCACUGUUUGAUUGCUGCGGCAUAUCGAUCGCCCUCUAUUCGUUUAUGCGAUAUGCAGAGCGGUAGUUAUACGCACAGUUUAAUUGGUCAUACAGGGAAUGUACUAUCUGUCGCUUGGUGCCCGAAAAAUGAUUAUGUAUUAGCUUCUGGGUCCGCUGAUGGUACUGUUCGGCUUUGGGAUAUUCGAAAAGCCUCUGCCAGCUUUGCUUGCUUAGACGUGCAUAACAAAACGAAGCCAAUAGAACAGACUGGAAGAUCUCAUUAUGGUACCGUAAAUGGAUUAGCUUGGACUCAUGACGGUACUUUUCUUGUUAGCUCUGGAACUGAUGAUCGCUUAAGAGUUUGGGAUAUGAAAACAGGACUAAACACCUUACGUGACUUCGGACCGAUUAUACACAAUCAAACAACAUCUUUUGCUGUUCACCCAUAUAUCAUGACUCCCUCGAAAAACGACGAUACGUACGUUUUAUUCCCAAAUGACGAUGGAUCUUUGGCGUUGAUAAAUCUUUUAGACGGUUCCUUUGUCCAGCGUCUGUCAAUGCACGUUUUGAAGCGUAUUAAUUGCGUAGCUUAUCGUUCAGAAAAAGAGCAAUGCUUCACUGGCGAUAUGAGCGGUAAUAUUUUAAUAUGGUGUCCAAAACCACUUCGUGAUCCCUUGCAGGCUAGUGCCAUUGAAAAUCGUCGAAAUGUUCUUCAAGAAGUUUAUGACUCUUUAACUAAUGUCGAAGUUACUUAUCAGUGA